UGCUACCGCGCAUCGAACGCGCAGGAGGCGCAGUCAGGCGCAGGUCGCUCAGCAAGUAGUCCGCCGGGGAGAACUUCGAAAGACAGGUGGUUUAAACAUGGCAAAGCGACAAGCUUCCAAAGAACUGAACGCUGACAACUGGGAAGAGGAGGACGAACCAGAAGACCAAGGCCAGUUCAAGAAAGCUGACAAAGAGGAAAUUGGACGCCGGGUAAUCAAGACUGCCAAGCGUAGCCUCACCAACACGUCAGCCUCAGCUAGCCCCUUUGGUGGCUUUGGUUUUGCCAAGGCGGAUGCCAAAAAGCCACCAGACGCCACACUACCCAACGGCUCCACAUCAACAGUACCACCUGACAAGAAGCCGCAAAAUGAAGAUCCAGUUUUUCUAGGCAAGCUGAAGCGCUUAAACGAGUGCCUGCUGAGCUGGGUGAAGCAGCAUGUGGAGUCCAAUCCAUUCUCGGAUUUCCGUCCCGUCUUCCGGGACUACGAACAUCAUUUAACCGAAAUCCGAAAGUUAUCCACAUCUGGACCUGAACAGCCCAAGUUACCCACAUUCAAUUUUGCAUCAUCAGUCCCCACCAAUUUAAACUUCGACCAGGCACCUAAAGGUGACCCAAAGUCUAAUACUCCUGCCUCAGAGUCUUCCAAACCCGAAACCAGUUCGUCGGGUACCACCGCGACGAAGUCUUUUAUAUUUGGGAUGCAGGCUGCACCUACGUCUUCCCAUGCCCCGACACCAACUUUCACAUUCGGGUUAUCAACAGUUGCCCCAACGACAACUUCAACUCAGAAGGACACUAAUGGUUCUGACGAGGAGGAGUACGUGCCUCCAAAGGAGGAGUUUGCUCCAGUUGAAGAAAAGGAUGCCGUGUACACCAAACGGUGCAAGCUGUUCCAGAAGAAAGACAACAGCUAUGCAGAGAAGGGUGUGGGCAUCCUCUACAUCAAGCCACAGAAGGACAAAUACCAGCUGCUAAUCAGGGCUGACACCAAGCUCGGUAACAUACUGCUAAACAUCAUGCUGGCCCCGUCGUUACCAGUGUCACGUUUGGGCAAGAAUAAUGUGGGACUGGUGUGCAUUCCAAACCCACCUGUGAAUGGCAAGGACGAGCCGGCAAGCCCUACAACUAUGCUGCUUCGCGUGCGUACAGCUGAAGACGCUGAUGACCUGAAAGAUGCCUUGGAGCGCUACAAGAACGAGAAGAAGGACAGCUGAGUUUGAACAGAGCUGUUUAACAUUAGCCUGUCAACGAAAAAAAAAAUUCAUCCCAGGUAAUUAGCCUGGUUUGUUACCUCAAGAAUUAUGCCAAGCAGAAGCAUGAGCUCGGUUGGCUAUUAAAGAGAAAGUCCACAAGAUUUUGAUUUGGA